AUGUCUGCACAAAAUACCGGUCGUCAAUCCCCUUCUCCUGAGCGACAAUCAGGCGCUCAACAGAAGGAUGCCCCUUCGAGUGGGCAAGGCGUCAACGAAACGUCAAAGAACAAGAGAGAGAGCCAGGCUGACAUCAAUGCACUUACAUCCAACCCAAAGGGUCCGAUGGAUGAUCAUGUAGCGGAGACUACGAAGAAGACGGUUAAAAAUGUGGCCGGCGAUAUAACGUACUGA